ACACAACACACGAAGUAUUGUCUUCUCCUCCAUUAUUCUAGAAGCUUUUCUUUAAAGUCUCUUUUCCAUCAAGAAGGUUUCCCUUUUCUUUUCUAAUCCUACUUUAAAAUUAAAAAAAAAUUAAAAUGGCGAAGUUUCUCCGCACGUUAUUGUUUGUCCUCGUCGUAGUCUUCGCCGCGUGUUCUUUGGUCGUUAACUGCAUUCGCACGCCGCCACUAAAAAUAACGGUCAAUGGUGGAGGAAAGAAAAACGCCGAGAUAGAAAAAGCUCAAACGCACCACAAGAAGGAAAUAAGAGAAAAAGGAGGGGUAGAAAUGGAAAUGUAUCCGACAGGAUCGAGUUUACCCGACUGUUCAUAUGCGUGUGGUGCAUGCUCGCCGUGUAAACGCGUGAUGAUUAGCUUUCAGUGCUCCGUUGCCGAAUCAUGCAGCGUCAUCUACAGAUGCACGUGCAGAGGAAGAUACUAUCACGUGCCAUCUAGGGCUUGAAUCUCUGCCGUUUAUUUACUUUUCUUAUUUUUGACGUUUGUGAUUAAAAAAUAUCAGUUUUGGCGGGUGACGGCGAAACUUUCUACUGUUUUAUACAAUUUUGUUGAAAAAAUUAAAUUAAGCAAUGGGCCCUCUUACAAUUAUUACUAUUGGGCUUUCUUAGGCCUUUUCAAUACGCGUCAAAUGUUU